AUGGAAAACGCAGCUUCAUCACCUCCCACGCCCGUGGAACAACCUUCAAGUCCUCCCAAGGAGCCCCGUCCAUGGAGGUGGAAGUGCCAUGAAUGCAAUUGUCGGCAUCGCCUCUCCUGCACCCGGCGAUGCCUAAACUGCGGCCACACGCUCUGCUUUGCCUAUGAAGGAGACUCAAAAAAGACUCCGGGAUGUACUGUAUCCUUUGAUUAUAGCCAUUGGAUAAAGUACAUCAGAUGGCGCCGCCGAAUGCAAGAGCAGAGGGCCUUCAAUACGGAGGACCAAGCCAACCCCCCCGCUGAACAGACAGAAGAUUCAGAGGCAGAUGAGCCACAAAACACGGUCAAGAAACUCAAUUUAAGGACUAUGCUGAGGAACGGCACAUACAGCUGCUUCGACCAUUGCAUCUUCCCAGGCUACUGCGUCCGAAAGCUGAGAGGAAUGGAACAAGAACAAGCCUCAGCAUGGGCACCACCAACGCGAUCAUCAGCAAGGAUAAAGCUAAAAGUUCCAAAUUUGGGCAAAAAGGAUAAGCUAAGCAAAACAAUGCCGAGGAGGCAUAGACCAAGAAGACGUCACAGCUUCCAGAAGAAGCCGUCUCCUCUAAGCCAAGUGUGGCAGCUCGAAAGCGAUUCUUAG